AGAAAAUCUAAAAAUAAAUUUGAUUUGCAAUUGUUCCGGAGGGAUAAGGAACACCGUACGAGUAUGACAUAAUUUAUUUAACGAGCCUCACCAUAAACCAUGUCGCUGUCAACACUAAGAAAUAAUUUUUAUCGCAUAGCUACACUUAUAAUCGACCACGGUGCUGACGUUAUGCGAAGUCUUUUAGAUCAAUUUAUUAAAAAAAAGUACAAUAUUUCUCUGAAGGAUUUUGUGGCAAAGAACCAACAUGAGCUGUAUCACCAAUUCAAUAAUGGCAUAUGCUGUCAGUGCUCCAAACAUUAUCAUCGACCAUACAAACAAGUCAUUAGUAGUUGGCAAAUGGACACGCUAUUUGAAACAAAUGGUCCGAAACUUUUAUGUCAUAAACCAAGCAGUAAAUGUGAGUAUUGCUGCAGUACUGUAAAACAAAACUUACAAAUUAACGAUCUAGACAUCACAUUGUUAAAUUUUUUUCUCGUGACUUAUUUCGAAGAAGAGUUUUGGCGGAACUGUCUCACAGAUGGGUUAUCAUUUCACGAUUUUCUUAACAUCAACAAGCACGAUAUUUUCCAUUUAGUGCAGUUGAAUGUUCCGUGCUGUUUAUGUAUGAACAACCCAGACUACACAGUAAUGGUUGCAACAGGUAAGGAUAGACUAAAUGACGUUGAAUGGGAGGCAAUGUUUGCUACAACUGACCAAUAUAGUGCCCAUAGCAAAACAUGUGUUGAUCACAGAAAUCCAUGCUCUGUAUCUGCUACAAUAGGUAUUAAUCCAUCAAGUUUAAACGGUCGAGCACGAAUGACCAUUUUAUCGAAAUUUUGCAUAAUGAUGAAACAUAUUGAUCAAUUAGUACAUGCAAGAAAUACUGUAUUUGCGCACGCUAUUAAAGGAGAACUUACUGAUGACAACUUCAGAGAGUUUUGGGUGGAAAUAGAAAAUUCAAUACUAUAUCUUGCUAAAAUAACCAAUACAGACCUGGAAUUAACGCAACGCAUAUUGGAAUUGCGGGAAUUUUCACCGAAGGAAGCUAUUUAUUUAGAAAUGCAAUGUUUAGCAUUACGACAGGUGCAGAAAGAUGAACAGGUUAUUCAGGAAUCUCGUAACAUACAAGGAACAGUAGAAUCACUGGCAGAGAAAAUAGAUGCCAGACUUCAGGAAAUUCAGUUACAAAUAACAAACUCGAAAACACACAGUACCUACAUUAAGGAGAGUGACCUGUCAGGGAAUUCAGCAUGGUAUUCAGAUAGAUACGAGUAUGCACCUAAGAACGGGACAAGUAAAGGGUGUUCUGUUGAAUAUAAAGAUGAAUACGAUGAUGCACAUAAGAACGAGACAAAGAAAGGAUGUUCUGUUGGAUACAAAGAUGGAUACGAGGAUGCACAUAGGAAUGGGACAAAGAAAAGGUGUUCUGUUGGAUAUAAAGGGUUCGAUCUGGUAUGUUGUAUCUUGCUGUUUGCCUUACCUUUCUCCAUGUUCCUCUUUGGAGCUACGUCCCUACAAGCCUGUCCAGCGAAGGGGUAUAUUCCUAUUUACUUGCUUGUUGCCUCAAUAUUCGACUGUCUCGGAUUUAUGGCAAAUUGUCCAUAUUUGGGAUGGGUAAUCUUCAAUAAUCGACAACCGGAUGGACUGCAAAAGUGUAAAGUCAACCCUUUAGUGUGGAUCCUUAACGGUUUCCUACUAUCUUGGUUCAUUGCUGGUAAUGUUUGGGUCUACGGAACUUAUGGUCACUUUUCUGUGGAUGCAGCACAUGCAGACUAUUGUGAUCCAACGGUUUAUUGGUUUUCCUUCUUGGCGGUCACGUCGAUCAACAUUCUUUUUGUUGUUGUUUGUAUAAUCAUUUGCGCUACAAGAUGCAUUGCAUAUCAUAAAUCUGACUGAUUCAAUUCAGUUCAAUCAUUUUGUUCACAUACAAUAAAUUGUUAUUUUGAGUGUUUUGUAUCAAUUUGCAAUAUACCUCUUUGAAUACAUCAUUGAUAAAUAUAUAUUAAAUGAUAA